AUGGCACAAUCUUACAGUUUUGAUACUCUACGUGUAAAUCAGCCAUCUGAGUUUGUCUUCCAUGUGCAGUUAAACAGACCACAGAAACGGAAUGCUGUAAACAGACAGUUGAGACGGGACUUGAAAAGCUGCUUUGACCAAUUAGCUACUGAUCCUAAUUGCAGAGCAGUCGUAAUUUCAGGAGCGGGCAAAAUGUUUACUUCAGGUACUACAUGUAUUGACCUUGCCGAUCUUAACGUCUUGCCUGAUCGUAACCUUGAUGCUGCUAGGAUGGGUUUAAGACUUCAUCAGAAUAUCAAGGAUUUUCAAGAUGUUUUUACGGCUAUGGAGAAGUGUCCAAAACCUAUAAUUGCUGCAGUACAUGGUGCCUGUGUUGGCGCUGGGAUUGAUUUAAUUUCUAGUUGCGAUAUCCGACUUUGUAGUAAAGAUACUUAUUUCUCUGUUAAGGAAGUCGAUGUUGGGCUUGCGGCCGAUGUAGGAACUUUACAACGCCUCCCCAAAAUUAUCGGAAACAAUAGUAUAGUUCGAGAAUUAGCGUUUACGGCUCGAAAUUUUUCAUCUGAUGAAGCAAAGGAUAUCGGCCUUGUUAGCAAUGUGCAUGCCGAUAAUAAUACGGUCCUCCAAGCAGCGUUAAAGAUGGCUUCAUUGAUUGCCGCUAAAAGUCCAAUAGCUGUUCUAUCCUCGAAAGUUAGCCUUAACUAUUCUCGGGAUCACACAGUAGAUGAAGGUUUAGAGCACAUUGCAGCGUGGAACAUGUGUAUGUUACAAUCGGAAGACAUGGGGAAAAUUUUUAAGUCUUUUCAGACAAAGGCGCGACCUGUAUUCAGUAAAUUGUAG